AUGCUCGCCCCCCCCGAAACCGCCAAUAAAUACCUAACCCCCCUCCCCAGCCCGUGGGACGGCGACCUCGCCUUCGAACUGCGCACAUGGGGCUACCGCGAGCUCCCCUCCCAGCGCGACGACCUGUGCGACUUCGGUCCGGGGCAGCACGAGCUGCAGACGGCUUUUGCAGCGCUGGGCAUGGAUACGCGGGGUGUGGGGGAGGGGGGGUCGAAUCAGUGUUUUCAUGUUGAGCAUGCGAAUGGGAGGGCGGUGGAGAGGGGGAGGGAUGGCAGGGUGCCUGAGGUGGAGAGGCAGACGUAUGUUGUUGGGGGGGUGCGGUAUCGGGUAACGCAGUCCUACACCACCCUCGCCAUCAACCCCGCAGCCGGCGCGCUCUUCUUCCUCAACCGGCUCAGCCCUGCGCACGCCGCGGCGGAGAGCUGGGGCCUCGCGGGCCCCGAGGCGGUGCGCAGGGAGUGGCUGCCCGCGCUGGCGUCCAGCUCCGACAUCGCGUGGGGCUUCUGGAACCGCGCGUGUAGCGCCAACCUGCACCAUAUCACCAAGAUCUUCAGCUGCAUGAUCACGAACGAGGUUACGCUCGAGCUGAUUGACGAGGCGCUGCGCACGUAUCCGCUUGCGCCGGGGGAGAGCAGGCCCUUAGAGGUAGAAAAGUGGCCGGGGACAACGUUUCCGGUGCGGUUUGAUGCUGCGUUGGCAUUGCUGGGGUCGCCGAAUGGGGUUGCCGCGGGCUACUUUUUGGCGCAGCAUAAGGCGCAGUUGGGGGGGAAUAAGUUCAUUGAGCGGGUUACGGUGUUUCGACCGGAUAGGGGGUUGAUGCCGUAUUUGCUGUUUUGGGUCGAGGAUGCGCCGGCUGGGCCUGGGGAGGCGGUGGUGGAUGAGAAGAUGGGCCGAGAUGGAGUGGAGCCGAGGAUUGUGAAGCGUAGUGUGGAUGGGAAGAAUGUGGAGAGGGAGCAUGUCCUGAGGGCUAAGCUGUGA